GUUCACAAGAUCAUAGUGGAACUUGUUUUUGUGACAGCUCUCGUAGAGUGUCGGCUUUGAUUGUUUUCGAGGUAUUCACCUGCUUCCUUUCUUCUUUCACCAACGAACGACACGAGCGUGAAACCCCAAGAUGAUGGCGACAGCGACGGCAAAGUCAUGCCUCGAAAGGCUAGAAGAGAUGCUUGAUGUCGACGUCGACGACAUGGACGCCGACUUCAUCCGCUCCAUGCCCAUCAAGCCCCACGAUCAAACCAGCAACCAAGCCUUCGUGGAUGUCGCACUUGCACAGGAAUCCAACAAGGAUCUUAUCGUCCAAGUCGCCACAGAGAUGAAGGGAUCAGAGUGGCUGGCCAUUUACACCAGGAUCGCAGUCCUCAUGUGCAAAAAGAACCUAGACCUCAUCAGUGGCCGCGUGCUCCUCCAAACCUCACCGGCAAAGGCAUACGACAUGGCUGCCACCCUCGCCCACGCCCGGCUAUAUGGCGCCGAGUUCACACGCGCCGGUGUUCCACGUGACCGAUUCUGCAUCAAAAUUCCCAGCACAGGGCCGGGACUCAACGCAGCCAAGAUCUUGCAGGAAGAAGGCAUCUCCACGUUGGGUACGGCGCUGUUUAGCGUAGUGCAGGCCAUUGCGUGUAGCCAGGCUGGUUGUUUGAGCAUUAGUCCUUACUUUAACGAGAUUUACGCCCACGAUCUGUCGAAGCGCGACCAGGUUUGGCCCAAGACUACCGAUCCUGUCACACAGCAUCCGAUGGCACCGCGGCUUGUCCACAUCAUCGAGACAUACCGUCGUUUAUACAAGGAGACGGGCAAGAUGCAGCCGUUGGUCAAGAAUGCAAGCUUCAUCUCAGUCGAAGAAGCCAUGGCCGCGGCCGAGAUGGGCUGUCAAUCCGCUACCCUGUCACGCGAGAUCCUGACCAAGCUCGCCGAGACACCCUACGACGCAACCACCCAGCCAGGCGAGGGAAGACCCAAGCCUGCACACGCUUACGAAGCCCCGGAACCCUUACCCGCGCGCCUCCGUUCACUCCUGGAGCAGGACCCCCUGACCGAGCGUUGGGACGGCAGCAUGCCCAGUGCAGACGUCGAUUACCUUGCGGACGGAGGAGCGGCGCUACAGAAAGCCAUUGAGUCGGACCCGGCAACCCGGAAAAGAAUCCACGAUGCGCUCGAGUUUUUUGUGGAUGCAGAGGAGCGUAGCAGGAAGAGGGUCGAAGCCGUGAUGGCAACGUUGGGUUAAGGGCUCGGGUGGGUCAAAGGAGGAAAUUCCGAUAACAAGUGGAUAGAUAGGUCUGUCUCUUUUGUGGAGAACCCUCUCUCACUAGCAAUUUUCCCCUCAGAUAAUUCGCUUUUUCGUGAGGGUACAAGGGUGUCGUGUUAUGUUAGUACUGACCCUCCAAUAUACAUGUCCCAAA